AAAAAUAUAAUGUGAAAAAAGGCCAUUAAAAGAACCAAAGCCCAGUUACCAAAUUAAAAAAUAUAAUGUGAAAAAAAGCCCAAAUCUCUCUACCUGCAUAUCUCCGGCGGCCGUAAACAAGGCGGCUCCUCCGCAUCUCUGCGGCCAAUCUCAGCUAAUCUGAAACAUCAACAACCUUCAUUCAAUGAAUAAAAAUAUGUUCUUGGCAAUGCAUCUCAACAAAACUCAUUUCCAAUUUUACCGCAAAUUCUCUUCCAGACGAACUCCGCCUCCGAAUCUCAAAGCGUGCGUCGCAUCGCUUCAAUCAUGCGCGCAGAAUCGCGAGCUCUUGGAGGGUAGAAAGGUCCACGCGCGUAUGAUCGUCGGCGGCCAUCUCUCUUCUCCGGUCUCCGCCACUAGCCUCAUCAAUAUGUACUCCAAAUGCAGCUCCGUCGCCGAUGCUGUAUCCGUUUUCAAUUCGUCGAAAGACGUUCACAACGUGUUCGUUUAUAAUUCUAUUAUAGCUGGAUUGACCGCUAACGAUUUGCCAUUUGAAGCUUUCGAAUUUUAUCGCAAAAUGCGGUCUUGUGGUGUAGAGCCGGAUAAAUUCACGUUUCCUUGUGCGAUUAAGGCGUGUUUGGAUGUUUCGGAUUUGAGGAAUAUUCAUGGGCUGCUAUACAAGUUUAAGUUGAAUUGUGAUCCGUAUAUAGGGAGCGCGUUGCUGCAUUGUUACUUGAAAUUUGAGGCGAUGUAUGAUGCAGAGCAGCUGUUUGAAAGAAUGCCGGAAAGAGAUGAUACUGUGCUUUGGAAUGCUAUGAUCAAUGGAUUUGUGCAAAUUGGGGAAUUUGGUAAGGCCUUGGCUAUUUUUAGGAGGUUGGUUGAGUCGGGGCUCCUGCCAAACGAGUUCUCAGUCACGGGGGUGUUAUCUGCUUUGACCUUGGCUGCCGAUGUGUACAAUGGCAAGGCAGUUCAUGCGUUUGUGAUUAAGAUGGGUCACGAUGUGGGAAUGGAGGUUUCGAAUGUGCUGAUUGAUAUGUAUGGGAAAUGCAAGCAACUUAAUGCUGCAUUACUGGUUUUUGAGAAUAUGAUUGAGAGGGAUAUGUAUUCGUGGAACACGAUUGUUAGUCUUCACGUGCGAUGGGGAGAUCAAAAUGAAGCUUUGAGACUCUUGAAGAUGAUGGUGAGCUCGGGGUUUCAGCCUGAUGUGGUGACUGUAACUGCUGCACUCCCUGCUUGCUCAUAUUUGUCAGCGUUGAUGCGUGGGAAGGAGAUACACGGCUAUAUGAUUUGCAAAGGGAUGCAUAAGUUAGGUAGUGUGAAUAUUGCUAAUGCUAUCAUGGAUAUGUAUGCAAAAUGUGGCAGUUUGAGGGAAGCAAGAAUGGUUUUUGAUGAGACAGAAGUGAAGGAUGUUGCUUCAUGGAAUAUAAUUGUGAUGUGUUAUGGUAUGCACGGAUUUGGAGAAGAGGCGUUGAAUAUGUUUUCUCUCAUGUGUGAAGGCGGAUUGAAGCCCGAUGCAGUCUCCUUCGUUGGGGUAUUGACGGCCUGCAGCCACGCGGGCUUUUUAAGUCGGGGGCAAGAAAUUCUUGCAGAAAUGCAGCCGAAAUAUGGUGUCACACCAGAUAUUACACACUAUGCUUGCGUGAUUGACAUGCUUGGUCGAGGUGGGAAGCUGGAGGAAGCGUUUGAACUGAUGUCGCACAUGCCAAUUGAGCCAAACCAUGUCGUGUGGAGGUCAUUCUUGGCUGCGUGCCAGGUCCAUGGCAAUGCUGACAUGGCAAAGGUUGCGGCUGAGAGGGUUCUUGAACUCGAACCGAAUCACAGUGGGAAUUAUGUAUUGAUGUCUAAUGUUUUUGGAGCAGCCGGGAGAUAUGCAGAGGUGGCGGAGUUGAGGCAUGAGAUGAGGCAGAAGGAUGUGAAGAAAUCGCCCGGUUGUAGCUGGAUCGAACUGACUGAUGGUGUGCGCGUGUUCCUCAAUGGAGAUUGCGAAGAAAACUUUGACGAUGGAUUGGAGACACUAACUUUGUGUUUGCGAGAGCACGGCCUUACAGUAGAUACUGUAGAGAGCUGUAUUUAGAAGUUGAUGUUUGGUGAUUUGGAGAUGAAACACAGACUGCCCUAUUGCAUUUUGCUAAUGAUUAAAAUGAUCACCAGAUUGUUCAUUGGAGAACAAACCUGCCAAAUUGAGUUUCAAGGCCAAAGAUCCUGGUAUGAAGGUUACUCUGUGAUGUGGAACACAGGCUUGGAACUGGAGGGGCUACCCAGAUAAAGGCACACCCUUGGUUUGUGGAUGUUGAAUGUAUGAAAUGGAAGCACCCUUCAAACUGGAUGUUAAUGGAGAGCUGGACACCCACAACUUUAUGAAAUUGGAUGAAGUACACUUAGUCUCACUGCUAUAUUUAUUGCUAUAAUUCUCUGCUUCAAUGCUUAGCUAGAACUAUGAAGUAUCACAGUCUCUAGUUAUCCUAUAGGUCACUUGUUUGGUGAAAAUCUUACUUUGGUUUUGGUUUUGGUUUAGAUAGUAUAUUAUCCGUAUAGGAUAUCAAACUCUAAGGCAUCUCUAAAUCAAAUAAAAAUCAUGAAUGACUAUCAUUCAUUCAUGAUUUAGAUGGGGUAUAAUUAUUAGGGAAGUAUGUGAUAGGGAAAUUUGAGGGUCGUUUGCCCAGGUUGGCAAUGGAACUUGCUUUCUCUUGUGGUAGCCUCCUUAUCUUAGUUUUUAUGUCUGGAUGGUUGGCCCCACCACUACUACUGCUUCACUUCACUGUUUUUUCUAGGACCAACAAUUUCUACAUUUUAUGACAUUACUAUCCAAGUACUACUUAUUUCGAUUUCUGAUGGGCAAAUACCAAAUAGACAUUUAAUUGAUAUUUUAACCAUUUCUAUAUUUUAUGACA